UAGUUGAAACUAAGUACGAGUGAUGAACAAAAAAAAAAUCAUUUCUAUCAUGUCUCUUCUCAAUAUUUUCAAUAUAACUUUUAUCGUACUUUUGUUCUAUGUACAAUUUUCAAUAUCGAAGAAAACAGCGGAUAGAAAAGAUAUCGAAAACAAAAUUAACGAAAUAACGAAAGCUUUAAAUAUAAACUCAACAAAAAACUCUACCGAUGGUGAGAAAAAAAAACAUCCUAAGAUUGAAGAGUAUUCUAAAAAUGCACAUUUAAGACCCACGAAAUGCCAAGUUUGUCGAGUGUUAUCCGAAGAAUUACUCACCGAGGUACAAAGGUCGAGUUCGAAUAAUCAAGAACUAUGGUUGACAAAUCGCUUAGACGGUGAAGAUAACGACGAUGAAAAAAAAGGGAAAAAAAUUUCUUACAAAACUUCUGAGCUAAGGUUAAUGGAUAUCUUGGACAGAGUCUGCAAUAAUGUUUAUGACUACCGCUCAAUUGCAGGACCCGAUUUUCCCUAUAUUAAAGGAGUCAAAAGCAUGUUUCGACAACAUCUUGAAGAUAUGAUGGGGCAGCACAAGUUAUCAGUUAAACUAGAUGCUCCGGAAGAAUUAGUCGAAGAUCCAACAUAUGAGCUUCGAAGAAUGCAGUACAAAUGUAACCAAAUGAUCGAAGAAUUUGAAGACGACAUUUAUGAUUGGUAUCUUAAAAACCAAAGUGAAAAUCCACUUGAGUUCAUUUGCGCUGAUAAAGUACUUACUUCAAAAGAACAAGAUUGUUUAUAUGCAUCCACAGAAGUACCUGAUUUUGCAACACAACCUAAGCCAAUAGAUAAAGAUGAAUCGACAAAGCGAAAUUUCCAUAGAGGAGCAAAUUUAGAGCUUUAAUUAACGCAUAUCUAAUAGUAGUUGUCAUAGUUACUAGUUUCUUUCUUAUUUUAUUGUGUGAUUUUUUUUACAAAAAUCUGUUGUUAAUUAAUUUAUUUUUUUCAAGUAGAAAUUUAAUAAUAGUUAAUGUUAAAUUAAAUAUAUGUUAACACUAUUUCAUUUAAUAUUUUAAUAUUACGUCAAAACAAUAUUUAUAUUUGUAUAUAAUACUUGAAAUAUAUGCGUAAGGAUUGGAAGUAAUAAAUACAUUGAAAAAAAAAAGUUUUUUUAAAUGUUA